AUGAGUACUCAUUCAACUGAGCCAGACCUAUGUACUCAGGUGUCACCUUUGGCCGAAAAUAUGCCAAAACUGCGUUCUUCAAAUCAGUCAAUCGAGCGCGAUACAGAAUCACAAUCUAAGAUCAGAACUCCUAGAGCAGGAAUAAGCUUUAACAUAGCGAUAUCACCAAGCGUUCAUUCUACUUCUCCGACGCCAAGCCGAACUAGUGCAUUGAAUAAGAUACAUAAACCUCAAGUACAUGAUGAGUCGGAAAUUUCACAUGGCUCACCAAUGCAUUUUGAACUGAAAAGUGGCUCACCUUUACCUCCCUUUGAUCAGUUGAGUAGCUUAGAGAUAGAAGAUCAAAUACGAUAUUUGGCUUUGAAAGAGAUGCAGGCUGUUGAAAUCAAAGAUAGCAUAUCUGUUUUGACGUCCAAAUUAGAGAGAACUGAAAAGGAACUUCGAAAAUUAAGAGAAAUUAUAAAAUGUUCCUUGAACAAAGAAGUGAACGGCAACUACAGACGUAAUAAUGAAAUGAUAGGCACUAAAAACAAACUGGGAGUGACUACGGGUGACAAUUUGCUCAAUUCUACACAAGGAAUGCGAAAGGCUCUGAGUCGUCUGACUUUAAACGAUGUUACCCAAAAUGCAAAUGCAUCCAUUUGGACGAACUUAUCUAAACCUCUAAACCUUAUACAGCAGCUAGAUUCAAUGAUACUGCAAGAAUUUGAGAAAUCCUUAUAUCCAUCAGAGAGUCAGCCUACCACUGAUAUAAAUCAAGGCUUGGAUUCUCUGGAAGAUACUUCAAAGAAACGAUUGACCCCCACAUACAAAAUGAAGAGAAGAUCAUCCCCAAUUCCGAUUAAUUUGACAACUUCUCAUUGUCUGAAGAACAGAAACACUCAAGCUAACCAAAAGUUAAGUACGAUUCAGAAGCAUUCCGUCAAAAGCAUUGAACCAUCCGCAGAGGAUUCUGAUGAUAUGAUGUACAACGUUUCCAACUCAAUAUGGGCUUUUGUAAAUGACAUGAAGAGUAAUGUGUUGUCAUCCUUAGUAGACGAAGAGAUUCAUGGCAAAAAGUUUGCAGAAGGAAACAAUGGACAAGAACUAUGUAACUUGGAAACUGGAGCGACAAUAAAUUUUAAUGAGCUAGAGCAUACACAUAAACCAAAUACAAUACUGCAAACAAAUAAAAUCAACGGUCAAAAAGAGCAUUAA